AUGAGCUCGAAUUAUGGUACUUGGAGUGUCUCUAUGCAGAUUGCAUUAGAAGUCAAAAACAAAUGGACACUGGUUGAUGGAAGUACUGCACCACCAAGCAGAGAACAUCCGCACUAUGCGGCUUGGAGGAGAUGCAACUUGAUGAUCUGUUCUUGGAUCUUCAAGUCACUGCAUCCAUCCAUAGUGCAGAGUGUGAUGCACUUUGACAAACCGGGAGACAUCUGGGAGGAUCUACGAAGACGCUUCUCACAAAGAGAUGCACAACGUAUCUCUAUCUUACAAAGUGUGAUCCAUAGCCUUAAACAGAGAUCUCUCUCCAUCAACGAAUACUAUACUAAGUGUAGAACCUUAUGGGAGCAGAUGAAUAAUCUAAGGCCGAUUCCUCUUUGCAAAUGCACUCCAAAGUGCUCAAGUGAUCUCGCUGAAGUCAUCAGAAAUCCUUUGCCAGAAGUUUACAAAGUUUUUGUUAUGGCUGAGAAACUAGAUAGACAAAUUGCUUUGAGAAAUUUGACUCUAGGAAACCUUGAUCUCAAUCAAUCCAAUGCGGUUCACAGCAAUGCGAGUGAGGAAACUGUUGCAGCAUCCUCAUAUAAUGGCAGAAAAUUUAAUGGUGGUGCAAAGGAAAAAUGUGCGUAUUGUGGUAUGACCGGACACACAGUAGUUAGAUGCUAUAAAAAACACGGAUUCCCUCCCAGUUCGGUUCAGGGCUAUAAAUCCAGGAGUAAACAGCCGGUCACCGCAUCAGUUUUGAAUAACUCAGACCUGGGGAUAACAUCUGAACAGUUACAAAAGCUCAUCUUAGUCCUGCAGAAUCAACCAACUCAGCCGUCGGGAUCGUCUAGUUCGAAUUUGGCUGCUGCAAUUGCUUUAACUCCUAAAUUUGAUGAACUACACACAGAUAAUGAAGGCAAGUUUUCUAUUAACUCCCUUUCCCUAAAUUCUUCAACUUGGAUCCUUGACUCGGGAGCCACAAAUCACAUAGUGUGCUCCCUUGAUUCUCUUACCACUUGUCAUAUGGUGAAUGGGUUAAAGUGCACUGGCCAAUGUAUAAUAGUUGAGCAUAUAGGGGAUGUCAAGCUUAAUAACUGUUUGUAUCUAAAGGAAGCACUGCAUAUUCCAUCUUUCAAAUUUAAUAUUAUUUAUGUGAGUAAGUUGAUUGAAGAUACUGCCCAUAGACUGGUUUUCAUGUCUAAACAGUGCAUAAUACAAGGGAUUCAUGGAUAG